AUGGCGGGCUUUACCCACUUCCUCAAAACAAUCCUCAUACCGCUCUUCCUCGCCGCCCUGCUCUACAUCCUCCUAGCCCUCAUCGUCCUCCCCUUCGUGCGCCGCCACCGCAGCCGCUACAGCCAGUACCUGCCCAUGCCCGCGGGCGUCCCGGAGUUCUCGUCCUCAUGGCGCACCAAACUCUCCGACGCGCUGUACAACCUGUUCGCGCCCUCGAGCUGGGGCCGCACGCAGCGCGUCGUAGAUGCCAGUGGCGAUGACGAGCUGUUUGAUGACGAGGAGGGAGAGGGUAUGAUCGGGUUUGACCCGAUUGAUGAGAGGCGAAGGGAGGCGCUUGAGCAGCGGCGUAGUAUGAUGGAGGAGGAGAGGCGGUUAGGGAGGGAGUUGGAGGAGGGGUUCAAGGAUGACAGCGAUGAAUGA